AUGCUUUUGAAACACGAUUGCCUGUCUAUUUCGAGCAAUUUUCGUCGUGAGCAAGCUGCUCGCGGCGGCGGCGAGGGUCCUUCUGCUCCUUCUUUCACGGAUCUUCCUCCACAUCGCGACAUGGACCGCAUCCACGCGCCGCACAGUCCGGUCACCCCUGGCAGUGCUACGGUCAAGCCACCGUGGUCUCCGCGCAUCGACUUUCCCCGAUUUGGCGAUGGUGACGAUUUGUUAUCCUGGAUCUAUAAGGCUGAACAAUUUUUUGUUUAUUAUGGCAUUCCUGCUUCUCAGCGCGUGGUCACAGCUUCAUUCCACCUCGAGGGGGAGAUCCUUCAGUGGUAUCGAUGGAUGGAUUGUUCCAAUACUACUCCCUGUUGGGAGGACUUCACUCAAGCACUGUGUAAGGAGUUUGGUCCUUCCGAGUUUGACGAUAGUACUGAGGCACUCUUCAAACUUCGCCAAACAGGUACCCUGCGUGAUUAUAUUGCUGAAUUUAGAAAACUGGCUAAUCGUACUUGUGAUGUUGGUCAUCUCUUGUUAAAGAGUUGUUUCCUUGGUGGCCUUAAACGAGAAUUAAAGUAUGAUGUGAAAUUGUUGAAGCCUCAUUCUGUUCAUGAUGCUAUUGCCAUUGCGGUUCAGUUAGAUACUAAGUUUCAAGAGCUCAAAGGCGGUAUCCCUAAACCAUCACCCACAGUUCCUAAACACCACCCAAACACUACUACUGCCAUCAAUCCCUAUGUUCCUCGGGUCCAAAAUUAUCCUGUUAAGAAGCUUUCUCCAGCUGACAUCCAAUUAAAACGGGAUAAGGGCGAAUGUUGGUUUUGCACUGACAAAUGGGUUCCGGGUCAUAAAUGUGGGUUGAAGCAAUUGCUUAUGCUCGAUGUUGCUGACCAAGCGGAGCUUGAUGCGUUUCCCCCGGACUCCCCUCCUGAAGUUCAUCACAUGGAACUCAGUGAGUGUGCGUUCUAUGGGACAACCGCCACCCCGAAAGCUCAAACUAUGAAAGUGCAGGGCACUCUCCAGGGUCAUUCUGUGCGGAUUUUGUUAGACUCCGGCAGCACGCACAACUUUGUCGACACUCGGUUGUUAAAACAAUGGGGCCAACCAGUUCAUCCUACUAAGUCAUUUGAGGUCAUGAUUGCCGAUGGUGGUAAAGUCCAAAGUUCAGGCUGUUGGCGGUCCGGUGCACUGUCCUUAGGAGGUUAUACUUGCAGUGUUGAUUUGUAUUCAUUGCCUCUCGGGGGUUGUGAUUUAGUCUUGGGGGUUCAGUGGCUCUCUUCCAUUAGCCCUGUCUUAUGGGAUUUCCAUCACUUGACUAUGGCAUUCACGAAGGACAAUCAGCACUACCAAUUGUUUCAUUCUGCGGCUCCACCUUCUCUUAUUCAAGAAGUCUCCUUACAGCAUCUUGAGAAGGAAGUUGCUAAUUCCAACUUGGGCCUUUUGUUGUAUUCUAUGGAGACACGACCGGUGCUUGUUCGUGACUGUGAGUUGUCCUCAGCUCAAUCUACACAACUGCAUGCGUUAUUGGCCGACUUUGAGUCCCUCUUUGUGCUGCCAUCUCAACUUCCACCCUCCCGCUCACAUGAUCACCACAUUCCAUUGUUGCCCGGUGCCAAACCACCUAAUAUACGGCCCUAUCACUAUGGGCCUCUUGCAAAGGAUGAGAUUGAACGAGCUGUCAAGGACUUAUUGGAUGCCGGUUUUAUCCGACCCAGUCAUAGUCCCUUUUCCUUCCCUGUACUUCUUGUCAGGAAGAAAGAGGGCACUUGGCGUAUGUGUGUUGAUUAUAGGGAACUUAACGCUCUCACAAUCAAAAACAAAAUAUCCAAUUCCUCUUAUUGA